UUUGUUUUUGUCUGUUUUACUGCUACGUCGACAGUGCGAAAUGUUUAACCACUCUCAUGGCACAGGCUCUGACCAACGAGCAGAACACGCACCAGGCGCACACCGUGCUGUGCCCGUCAGCUGUGUGUCGGCGUUGCUCCCAGCUGAACCUGACAUCCAGAACAUCCUGCGUGCAUCCCACACAACUGUUGAGUGAAUGAAUGAAUGGAGGUGGAAGGGGGUGAGGGCUGCCGGGAAGGCGUGCAGGGACUCCGCACUGUCUCUGUUGGACUUUGAGAUUAAAGACGCCGAGGUCUCCCCAUGGCUCCUUAUCUCAUCCGCAAAUACCAGGAGAGCGACCGCAAGUGGGUCGUGGGCUUGCUCUCCCAGGGGAUGGUCGAGCAUGUUCCCGCCACUUUCCGCCACGUGCUGAAGCUGCCCCGCACUCUCGUGCUCUUGCCUGGGGGGGCCCUGGCCCUACUCCUGGUCUCUGGCUCCUGGCUCCUGGCUCUCACAUUCGGCCUCGCCCUCCUCCCUGUCCUGUGGUUCCUUGCUGCACGUCCCUGGACAGAGUACGUGGACAUGACUUUGCGCACGGACAUGGCUGACAUCACCAAAUCCUACCUGAGUGAGCCUGGCUCCUGCUUCUGGGUGGCUGAGUCUGAGAAGAAGGUGGUGGGCACAGUGGGAGCUCUGCCCGUUGAUGACCCCACUUUGCAAGAGAAGCGGUUGCAGCUGUGUCACCUCAUUGUGUCCUCUGAGCACCGUGGUCAGGGGAUAGCAAAAGCCCUAGUCAGGACUGUCCUCCAGUUUGCCCGGGACCAGGGCUACAGUGAAGUUGUCCUUGACACCACCAAAAUGCAGCUGUCUGCCAUAGCCCUCUACCAGGGCAUGGGCUUCCGGAAGAUGGGCCAGCGCUUUGCCAGCAUGAGUUGGAGGCUACUGUAUGUUCACGAGGUUCAUUUCAUCUACCACCUCCCUUCUGCUCAGGUGGGGGCCCGUGAUCUCUUUCCUUGUGUAUCAGUCAGCAGAGGAUCCUCAGUGCUGGGGCAAUAAGCCAAGCUGACCUUUCAGUGCUGACACAAUAAAAGCUUAU